CAAGAAGUGGAUAAAAAACCAGGCAUGCUCCCCAACUACACCAUUCUGGUUACUGUCACUCUGCACUGGUUCAUAACUUCUAGACGCAUUGCUGGCAAUGUUGCUAUUGCAGAUGCUUCAAUAAUUCCAGUUGGAGAUCCUAAUAUAGCAGUGGGGAAAAUAUCCUCACAGUCCAGUACUUUUGAAACAAAGGGAGAGUCCAAGAAGGCCAUAGAUGGGUCUUUGGCAAAUAGUUAUGCUAAUGGAGACUGCACCCUGACAAAGGAAGAGUUUGAGCCCUGGUGGAUGGUGGAUUUGAUUUCAGCAUUUCAGGUGUCUGCUGUGGUGAUCACCAACAGAGGAGACUGUUGUGAAACACGCAUAAAAGGAGCUGAGAUUCUGAUCGGGGAUUUGCCUGAGAAGGGAGGCACCAUGAAUCCUAGGUGUGCCACAAUCAGCAGCAUGGAUCUUGGAGAAACAGUGACCUUUAACUGUGCAGGGAUGCAAGGGCAGUAUGUGACCAUUACUAUCCCAGGGAGAAAAGAGUUCCUCUCACUCUGUGAAGUGCAAGUGCUUGGUCACCCGUGGCUUCACAUAGUUCAUGAUGGAGGGCGGAAUCCUGUCAGGGACAGUGAAACUGAUUUAGGUCUGCAGGGCAGAACACUGAGUUUUCUGAAUGAAUCAAAUGCUAGUUUUGUUGUCAUAUCGCCACUGCAACCUUUGAAUCUGAUGGAAUUCACACUCUGCAUGCGAGUAGCUGCAGAAUAUCUGGGUGAACGCAAAGUCAUUCUUUUCUCCUACCACUCUGCUAAUGAUGAACUGAGAAUCUUGCGUGAAUCAAGUGGCCAUUUUGGUUUACACAUGGGUGGGCGGAGUGUGAUGUUUGCACUCUCUGAUCUCAGCACUUUUGGGAGCCACUUGUGCGUGACUUGGGAAUCCACCUUUGGCCUUGUGACCUUUUGGAUAGAUGGAAAGCGGAGUAUCAGAAAAAUAUAUAAUGUAGGACACAUUCUUCAACCAGGGGGUACUGCCAUGCUUGGACAGGAUCAGAGUGCACAAUCCAUGCCUGAGAAGCAAAAUCGACGUUUUGUGGGAGAGAUAACAGAUCUCUACAUGUGGGACUAUGUACUGCAGUCUCGGGACAUUGAGAAUGUUUUCCAUAUGCGUGACUUUCCUAGGGGAAACAUCUUUGACUGGAAAAUCUUAUCAUACAAGAUAAAAGGGAAUGUGAGGGUGCUGCCUAAGGCCAGGGCGGAGAGGGCGGACCGUUUGCACGCUUCGCUUUGGCAACGUGCUAUGUCUGUUGUGGACCCUCCGGCGAAAGCACCUCCAUCUGCUGCGCCCGGAUCCACUCCUCGGCCGGCCGAAACCGUGAGCUCGAGGACCCCUCGCGCCUUACCUUCCCCGAGUCAUUCGGAGUCGAGACCGAGAGAUCGCUCGUCCUCCUCGGUUCGGAGCGCGUCGGAGCCAACACCAUCGGUUCCGAAGCUCCCUCGGAGCCGACCACCCUCGACUUCAUCUGCCGCACCAGCCUUGGAUCGAGCUGCGUCUCGGAGUCGGACACCUUCGGUGUCGAGACCGACGCCUCCACCGUCUCAGGGUGCGGUCGCUUCGGAGACAGCGGGAGAACCAUCCGCUCCGUCCGACUCUGACAAAAAGAAGAAGAAGAGAAAACAUUCUUCUAAGAGGGACAAGGCAGUUCUGGAGCAGUUACUCUCCUCUCCGUUGCCGACCGCUUCGGGUGCGCUUGGUUCCGACCCACCGGAGAAGAGGCGUAAGGAUCCCGACCCGGUUCCUGCCCUGGCGACCUCCUCUCAGGAAGACCCGGUUCCGAUGGAGAAGCCCCCGACCCCUACGGGACGUCCGCGAUCGACCUCCCAUGAAUCUGGAUCCAUCAGAUCGGGUCGAAGUUAUCGGAGUGGAUCGGACCGUCGAUACAGCCCGUACCCGACUCGGAGCCGAUCGAGGGAGCGAUACAGCAGUGGGGGCCGGGCGGCCUCGUACUAUCUGGAGGAUAGCCCACUCCGAUCAGACCGCUCUUUUCGGAGGGCCUCGAUUUCUCCUUCCUUUCGGAUCCGAUCCUAUGGCGACUCUCGUGGAACCCCCCACCUUUCGGAGGCCGGCUACCAUCAGGACCGACCGAGGAUUUAUGAGUCCCCUCUUUCGGAUUCACCUGAUGCUGAACUUGGCCCGGCGGAAGAACCUUCGCCGACGGACGACUUCAGGGCCUACAAUGAAUUGCUUCAGCGAAUGGCUAAGGCGCUGGAUUUGGAAACGACCUCUACGGAGUCGAAGUUUACUGAUAAGAAUUACCAGCAUAUCUACUCGGGCUCCACGCCUUCCGUAGCCUUUCCACUGAUUGACGGUUUUGUGGAGUUAUGGAAGAAGCUCAAUGUCAAGCCUGCUUCUAUCCCCGCCACUAACCGGAAAGUGGAAGGCCUUUAUCGCACGAAGGACGAGAACCAUCCCUUCUUGACGAUCCAUCCGCCUCCUUCCUCCUUGGUCACUGAAGAGAUGCAGGCGAGAGGCAAACAGGGUUCCAUGUCGGCUCCUACUGACAAGGACAGUAGAAAAAUCGAUACCCUGGGAAGAAAAUUGUAUACCUCUGCCGCAUUCGCCAUCAAAGUGGCUAACUAUGCGGCUAUGAUGUCGGCUUACCAGCUCUUCCUGUGGAAGAAAUGGUUCUGCAGCGAUUUGCGUGGCUCCGCACAACUGCUCUCCCGCCCGAGACGAGGAACAAAGUGGAGGACUUACCUUUUGAAGGGACGCUCCUUUUUUCUGAGAAGACGGAUGAGUAUCUGUCGAAAAAGAGAACGGAUCGUCUCACGGCACGGUCCUAUGGCGUUUUACACCAGGCUCCUCAACAUCCUGCGAGGCCUUAUUUCAGGUCUUCUCAUCGGGGCAGAUCAUAUCGCCUUACAUGUUUCACAAAAUAUGAUUCAUCUACAAAGAACCCUCUCCUUCAUGAGAUGGUCUCUCCCCCUGCUGCUUCUGGUCAUCCUGCCUGAACUGCAUGCUAGGAAAGCCCACAAUGUGGCCAUCAGAGGAAAUGCUUUACAAUCCAGCACCUUCAGCCCACUAGGAAUUGCUAGCCAUGCCAUUGAUGGGAUUACCACAGGUGAAUUUACAUCUGGAUCAUGCACCCACACAGACCUAGAAACCCACCCGUGGUGGAUAGUGGACCUGAAGUCAGAGUAUCGGAUAAACCUCAUAAAAGUCAGUAACCGGAAUGACUGUUGUGAGCAUCGGCUAGAUGGGGCUGAAAUCCGAAUUGGGAAUUCUCCAGAGGCAGGAGGCACCUUGAAUCCCAGAUGUGCUGUGAUUGAAUCGUUGGGUCUUGGAGAAACCCAGAGUUUUUACUGUCAAAAUAUGCAAGGAAAGUAUGUUACUGUUAACCAACCAAAUGGAGGAAUCCUCACACUGUGUGAAGUCCAAAUGUUUGGUCAUAAGGUAACUUCUACCACUGAGCCUAGGCCUGAACAGACUCAGCAUUCCAGACCACUGGCAAAUGGAGAACAAGUCGAAACCUCUGAACCCAAUGUUGCUCUUGACGGCAAGGCAUUUCAGUCCAGCACAUUCAACGCACUCGGAGAGCCUGAGAAUGCCAUUGAUGGAUCCUCAUCAGUCGACUAUAUGCUUGGGCAUUGCACCCAUACAGAGCUUGAAAUUAAUCCAUGGUGGACAGUGGAUUUGGGAUCAGUGUUCCAAGUUAACAAAGUUAGUGUUCUCAAUCGAGGAGACUGCUGUGAAGAUCGGAUAAAUGGGGCUGAAAUCCGAAUUGGGAACUCACCGGAAAAAGGAGGAAUUACAAAUCCAAGGUGUGCUACAGUCAGCUCUUUGGGUCCAGGAGAAAAAAUAAUUUUUGAUUGCGGAGAAGCGCAAGGACAGUAUGUAACUGUUACUAUCCCAGGCAUACAAUAUCUUACAGUGUGUGAAAUCCAAGUGUUUGGUGUGACGGUAAAUAGCUCUGUACUUUCCUCAGAUAUUGAACAAUGGAUAAAGCCAAGGAAACCUCCUAGACGACCAGGGCAAGUGACAAAAGGGGGCUUACUCUACUCAGUUGUCUAUAAUGCAGCCCUUGAUGGGAAGGCACUACAGUCCAGCACCUACAAUCAAUUAGGUGGCCCGGAAAAUGCCAUUGAUGGCUCUGAAUCAGCUAAUUAUUUACGUGGACAAUGCACGCACACACAGCUAGAAGAUAACCCGUGGUGGAUGGUGGACUUGAGGGCAGAGUUUAAGGUGUUUAGUGUACGUGUCACCAAUCGAGGAGACUGCUGUUCAGAACGCUUAGAUGGUGCUGAAAUCCGGAUUGGGAAGUCAAAAGAUCAAGGUGGCAUCACAAAUCCCAGGUGUGCCACGAUCACCUUGCUGGGUUCUGGAGAAACACAUAAGUUUAACUGUGAAGGAAUGAUAGGACGGUAUGUGACACUCACCAUCCCAGGUGAACAGAAAUAUCUCUCACUGUGUGAAGUCCAAGUGUUUGGUUUGAGGGUAACUCCUCCCAUCCCCAAUGUGGCCCUUGAAGGUACGGCUUCCCAAUCUAGCACCCUCAACAAACUAGGAUAUGCAGAGAAUGCCAUUGAUGGGUCAACAUCAGUUGAUUUUAUUCAUGGAUCAUGCACUCACACAAAGGAAGAGCUUAAUCCAUGGUGGACAGUAGACUUAAAGGCAGAGUUUCGUGUAUCCAGCGUGAGUCUCACCAAUCGAGAAGACUGUUGUGCUUGGCGGCUCAGUGGUGCUGAAAUUCGGAUUGGGAAUUCAUUGGAGGAAGGAGGCUCUACAAAUCCCAGAUGUGCGACAGUCACUUCAGUGGGUGCUGGAGAGACCCAGAAUUAUGAGUGUGGAGGAAUGCAAGGACAGUAUGUAACGAUUACCAUUCCAGGAGGUCAUUACCUCACGCUAUGUGAAGUCCAAGUGUUUGCUGUAAAGAUGGAUUCUUCUGAGAGGGAAAGAUCUCACCAUGAGAAAGAGGAAGCAUAACUGCAAAGAACAAACCCACAGAAUCCUCAAUCCUCCAAAGGACCUUAAAAAGAUAUAUUAACUGCACUGUGAACUGUAUCAAACGUAAUUUGCUGUUAUCAGAAACAAAUGUAAUACAACUAUCAAAAUGAAUAAAAUAAUGAUAUAACUGACAA